AUGUUUCCUUGCUCCAGUACGUCCACUCCUUUCUCUGUGAAAGACAUCCUAAACCUGGAGCAGAGUCAUGACGACAUGGUCUCUCUGGACAUAUCCUCUCGGAUGGAGUGCUCUCUGCCGACCGCCUCCUGCAUGCUGGCCCGCCUGAAGCAGGAACCUCUCCGCGACGCGUCGUCCGCGGCCGAAGACCUCGGUGCCUCCAGGGCCAGCAGAGGCAGCGCCCUGAGCUGCCCCUCCGCUUUCUAUGGGAAGUCCUUCACGGACAUGGACGUAGUCAGGGACGGCAAGUCGGCCUGCUUCGAGGGCAAAACCCGAAAAGAGGACUUCAUUCCUCCAGCCGAGGCUGUGGAUGACCUAAAAGCCGAGGAUCCGGACCGGCCCAAAUCUCGGAAGCGGAGGAAGCCGCGCGUGCUCUUCUCCCAGGCGCAGGUGUACGAGCUCGAGCGGCGGUUCAAGCAGCAGAAGUACCUUUCCGCCCCCGAGAGAGACCACCUGGCCGGGGUGCUCAAACUCACCCCGACGCAGGUGAAGAUCUGGUUUCAGAACAGAAGGUACAAGUGCAAGCGGCAGAGGCAGGACCAGAGCCUGGAGAUGGUGGGCUUGCCGCCGCCCAGACGCAUUUCCGUACCGGUGCUGGUGCGCGACGGGAAGCCGUGCCUGGCAGACAUGACCACCUGCAGCACGACGUCCUACAACAUGGGCCUCAACCACUUCACUUACAACAAUUACCAGGCUUUCGGUAACUACCCGAGCCCGGGCUGCAACACAAACUACACGUGCAACUAUCCCGCGGCCGCUAUGCAAACUAUUCAAGGACCUUCCAACAACGGCAACUACGUGAACUUUGGGGUAGGGGAGCUGAAUAACGUCCAAAACACGUUUCCCCCCAGUAACGGAGUGUCCUCGAUACAUGGCAUUAGGACGUGGUAA